AAAUUGACAGCUCACCGACGUCGACCUUCUGGCUUUUUCGCUCCUUCCCGUAGACCUUCCAUUCCGAGGGGAAGGAAGCAGGAUAACCACGGCCACUCCUCACACUACCGCCGCCAACGACAGUCGAGCAGGAGCAGCGGCAGCAUCAACGUCCGCCCAGAUGUGUCCGACGAAGAAAGGGAAGGAGGCGCCUGUGGGCUCCGGGAGUGGCGGUAGCGAAGGUGUCAGAGGAGGAGGGGUGGAGGUAGAGCCCGCUUGGAUGGAGGAAGCGCGGUCAGGCGGCUCCCUCAAGACUGUCGACCUCAACACAGGUACUAAUGGGUGGGCGUCCCCUCCGGGCGACGUGUUCAAUGUCCGGGGCCCCAACUACUUUCCCCGGCGCCAGAAGAGCCCCGCCAACCCGGCUUACCUCCUCUCCCCUCUCGGCGUCGACUGGCUCCGUUCCACCGGUCGCCUCGACGACGUCCUCGGCCGCCCGGACAACCUCGUCGCCGGCGCGCUCCGCCGCGCACAAUCUCGUGGAGAGUCGCUCAAGGCCUUCCUUCUCGCCGUCAAUCUGCAGGUCCCCGGCCGCGAUCACCAUAGUGCCGUGUUCUACUUCGGUUCCGAGGAGCCUCUCUCUCCGGGUUCGCUCCUCUUCCGGUUCGUCAACGGGGACGACGAGUUUCGGAACGCCCGGUUCAAGAUCGUAAACCGCAUCGUCCGGGGACCGUGGAUUGUCCGGGCGGCCGUGGGCAACUAUGCGGCGUGCCUGCUAGGUCGGGCGCUCCAGAUCCGGUACGUGAGGGGGCCGAACUACCUGGAGAUCGACGUCGACAUCGGCUCGUCGGCGCUGGCGAACGCUAUCCUGCACCUCGCGCUAGGAUACGUGACGACCGUUACGAUUGACAUGGGAUUCUUGGUGGAGGCGCAGGCGGAGGAGGAGCUUCCGGAGAGGCUCAUCGGGGCGGUCAGAAUCGCCCACAUGGAAAUGGGCUCCGCCGUGCCCAUUGGUAUCACGGAAAGCGCCAUGACGACCGCCGCGGCCGCUUCUGCCGGGAAGCACCACCACGCCAAGGGCGGGGGAAGGAGCCUCAGCAAAGUGAAGCAUGUGGAUAAGGACGGAUCGGUGGCGGACGAAGUGAGGCCUAACGGUGCAAGUUGAGUGAGGAGAAAGGGUCUGUUUUCUGACUUUCCUCUACAAACUGUUGGGGCUCUACGCUCGGCACCAAUCUUCAGCUUCCGUCGUCUCUGUAAAUAAGGAAUGGGAGGAUUUAGGGAGAGAAUAUUGGUUGAGACAGAGAUAGAGAGAGGGAGAGCGGUGUCGGUGUUGGGGAUUACUUGUCUCAUGCUUUUGUUUUUCUUGGGUUCUGUUGCCCUGACUUCAUCUUCGUCUUUCGUUAAUAGAAUGAUUAUCCACAUGAAAUAA